AUUGAAAUGCACCGGACACUUUGCCAUCUAGGAAAAUGUUUAUGUGUUGUACUGAUGCCCACGUUAUAUUAAACACUGGAUCAUGUUCAUGUCUAAUGAUGCUACUCUUCAAGAAAUGUGCAUGCAGACUCAUUGUAUGCCUCAUAUGCUCCGCCUUUACUGCUUUCUCUUUCACGAGUGGCGUCCACUGCUCAUCUGUUGGAUAAGUCUAUAAUUUCCUUGAGUAUAUAUAUUGGAAAGGAUGUAUGAGAGGAUCUUUGUUUUGUAGCUUAGGAUACUCUCAUUGGGGUCUUCCUUGAAGCUAAUGAAGCUAUCCGAAUUGGCAAACGGAUGUUCACACUGAGAGCGGACAUUCUGCUCAGCUGUAUCUUUACUCAAACACCGGCCCUUUGUAGCUCCUAGCUUAAAAAGAUGGGGAACGAGAUAUGGUUAUCCAUGAUGCGUAUGCACUUGCUCUUUCGUCAUUAGAGCUAACCCUGAAAUCACUAGAUCAAAGUUACCGAUGGAGCGUGCUAAUUGCGAUGAGCCACAUGAGCAUGUUGUAAAUGUGGCACAUGGGGAAACUGCAUCCACAUCAACCAGUCAUCAGGAUAUGCACAGUGAUACGGAUGAACAACAUCAGGAAGAUAGGGCUUCAACAAGCACGCGAACCCCAUCGCCGCAGUCUUCUGCAUCGACGUCACCGACUGCUUAUGACUCCAGAAAUUUAUCAUUCCCUAGAAGAGAUAGUUUCUACGGUCGUGGAAGAAGUCUGUGGAAUUCUGGUUUAUGGAUCUCGUUUGAACUUGUCAUGUAUGUAGCACAGAUUACAGCUGCUAUUGUCAUCCUCCUACUUUCAAGAGAUGAACUUCCACAUGCCCCUUUAGUUGCAUGGAUAAUUGGUUAUACAGUUGGCUGCGCUGCAAGUCUUCCUCUUAUUUAUUGGCGCUAUGUCCAUCGAAACAGACUUUCGGAGGAGGAACCUGAACAGCCACCCACAACUUAUCCUACUUUGACUUCCUCUCAGUCAUCAGAAGUACGCAAUCAGCGUACCAGUGGUACUGUCUUGCAUCUUGGGUGUAUCACGAUUUCCUGUCCAAGGCCUAGCAUACUGGCUUAUCAUUCGAAAACAGCUGUUGACUGUUUCUUUGCUGUAUGGUUUGUUGUUGGCAAUGUGUGGAUUUUUGGUGGGCGUGGUACUUCAUCAGAUGCUCAGGACGCUCCAAAUAUGUAUAGGCUUUGUCUAGCAUUCCUUGCACUUAGUUGUGUUGGUUAUGCCGUUCCGUUCAUCAUGUGUGCAGCGAUAUGCUGUUGCUUUCCAUGCUUAAUUUCUGUUUUGCGCCUCCAAGAGGACUUGGGUCAAAGUAGAGGAGCUACUCAAGAGCUAAUCGAUGCAUUGCCAACCUACAAAUUCAAACCAAAACGAAACAAAAACUGGGUGCCUGAUCAUGCUUCAAGCUCAGAGAAUCCUAGCGAGGGUGGCAUCUUGGGCCCAGGAACUAAAAAGGAAAGGAUUGUUUCAGCUGAAGAUGCUGUGUGCUGCAUCUGCCUUACUAAGUAUGGAGAUGACGAUGAGCUUCGCGAGCUUCCUUGCAACCACUUGUUUCACGUCCAAUGUGUCGAUAAAUGGCUGAAGAUAAAUGCAGUAUGCCCACUCUGCAAGACAGAGAUUGGAGGCGUGGUUCGGUCGUUCUUCGGGUUGCCCUUUGGCCGCCGCCGUGUUGAUAGGAUGGCAGGAAGAGGUGUAGCUAGCUCAAGAUUUAGUGUAUAGGACACUUCCUUUUGCCCCGGUAUGUGCUUGCUUUGUUAUCUCCUGUAUACCUAGUGUUGAUCAUGGGAUUCAGUGGGCUCUCAAGGAAAGCAGUAAACUGCUUUCUGUCUGACGGUUAUGCUUGGUUCACCAAAGUG